ACGCACUGAAUCCCAAUUAGGGAGCUCGGAGCUUACCAUAAAAACUGGAGGCCUUUAAAACGUGAAGAUUGGUUAAUAGCCUCGCCAGUCGAUUGCGAAACAUGAAAGCGGCGAAAAGUGGUGACAGGAUGGCGUAUCCAUGGAUUAAAAUGAAAUCCCUCUUGAUGCUAGCGGUAUUAAUGUUCAUUUUCUUCAGCUGCUGUCUGGGCGGCAAGACGACCACCAUUGUUAGUCACACAGAUACUCUGGAUCCCCAGGCGGAUGGCUUCUGGGCCAACAAGACGACUUGGAAUGCUCGAUGGGUUAAGUACUGGCGGGCCAAGAAAAUCUAUGAGCCGGUAUGGAAAAAGGUCUGGACACCCACUAUACACAAUGAGUGGGUGCCACUGCCCAAUGCCCCCAAUGAAUGGGAGGCGGAAAAGGGUCAUUCGUAUAAAUGACACAAAGACUGAUGAUUAGGCUAAGUGGAUUUAUAUUUUAGUUAUUUAUUUUAUUAUUUUGUAUUCAGUGGUAAUUAAAGUCUAGAGAUAAUUU